GGCAUCACAUGUCAUGUAGCUAGGGACUUCUGAACAGAAGUAUUUUUGUAGUCAGAAGCUGAACAGGCAGAGAAAACUAGGCAGAGGGGCAAGAGCUUAUCAGUUGACAAACUAGAAAGGUCAAAAUGACAUCCAUGCUGAUGAACUCUGUCCGGAACUGCCCGGUUAACAGUACCUGGGCCGUGCAGUUCGCGACUCGUUCUCUCAGUACAUCGUCUCAAAUGCAUGCAACAGCUAAGAGCAAGAAGACCCUUGCGAAACCUGGCGUGAAGAACAUUGUGUUGGUGGAAGGAGUGAGAACACCCUUCCUGUUGUCUGGCACCUCGUAUGCUGAUCUUAUGCCUCAUGACCUUGCCAGAGGAGCCUUACAGGGUCUCUUGACCAAGACCGGCAUCCCUAAAGACUACGUGGACUACAUCGUCUAUGGCACUGUCAUCCAGGAGGUCAAGACCAGCAACGUGGCCAGAGAGGCUGCUCUUGGUGCAGGUUUUUCAGACAAAAUCCCUUCCCACACAGUCACCCAGGCUUGCAUAUCAUCUAACCAGGCCAUGACCACAGGUGUGGGGCUUAUCGCGGCGGGCCAGUGUGAUUCAGUGGUGGCUGGCGGUGUAGAGUUCAUGUCCGACGUUCCCAUCCGCCACAGCCGUAAGAUGAGGAAGACCAUGCUGUCCCUCAACAAGGCCAAGACACUUGGCCAGAGGCUAGCCCUGAUCGGCUCCAUCCGGAUGGCUCACCUCAACCCUGAGCUGCCUGCAGUGGCUGAGUUCUCUACGGCUGAGACCAUGGGUCACUCUGCAGACCGGUUGGCUGCUGCAUUUGGUGUCACCAGGUUGGAGCAGGAUGAGUUCGCCCUGCGCUCACACACCCUCGCCAAGAAGGCCCAGGACGCCGGGCUUCUCAGCGACGUCAUCAGUUUCAAAGUGCCCGGUAAGGACAUUGUCUCCAAGGACAAUGGCAUUCGCCCAAGCUCCAUGGAGCAGUUGUCCAAGCUGAAGGCAGCCUUCAUCAAACCCCAUGGCACAGUCACCGCUGCCAACUCCUCCUUCCUGACCGAUGGAGCCUCUGCUGUCCUGAUCAUGUCGGAAGAGAAAGCCUUGGCCAUGGGAUUCAAGCCAAAAGCCUACCUCAGAGACUUUGUGUACGUGUCCCAGGAUCCCAAAGACCAGCUGCUGCUGGGGCCCACCUAUGCCAGUCCUAAAGCUCUGGAACGCAGUGGACUUACCAUGGAUGACAUUGACGUGUUUGAGUUCCACGAGGCCUUCGCUGGUCAGAUAAUGGCCAACCUCAAAGCCAUGGAUUCUGACUGGUUUGCCCAAACUUACAUGGGAAGGAAGUCUAAGGUGGGCGCCCCCCCAAUGGAGAAGUUUAACCUGUGGGGGGGCUCUCUCUCUCUGGGUCACCCGUUUGGAGCCACUGGCUGCAGGCUGGUCACCACCGUUGCCCACAGGCUGCAGAAGGAGGGGGGGCAGUAUGGCCUGGUGGCAGCAUGUGCCGCUGGAGGACUGGGACAUGCCAUGGUGAUCGAAGCCUACCCACAGUGAAGCGGAGACAAAACGGAGCAGUUCUACCACACACAUAUGUGUACGCGCUACAGGAAGAGAUUGUGUAAAUAAACACACCGCAUUGCCUUUGAGGAGGGAACUCUCUCUGUACUGCUGGUUAGGACAUGGUUGUAAUUUAUGAAGGCAUAUUGUAUGUAACAACACUAUCUAAGUGUUUGAGUACGGGCGCUCAGGAUGGGUAUACAGCUGCAUGCAGGCCUAAGCACUUAACUCCUUUUGGAUUAGGACUCUGUGGUAGCAGUGAUUAACGUCGCCGCAAGUGCACAAAGUUGCAUGCACUCGCCUCAUCGUGCUAUGCCUUUGUUUCUUCUUUUUGUAAUGAAAUUGUUCAAAAAAUCUGAUUUAAAAUAUCUGUAUUAAAGAAUAGUAAUUAACUUUA